GAUUUUCCGCCUAUAUAAAGGCAGAUGCAACGAGAGAUCCCCUGGUAUCUACGUAUCGGUCGUCGUUUAAGGACGAAGGGCCGUUUUCGGGAUCGUUCGCAGAUCGUUCGACCACGAGAGAGAUCAUCCUGGCGCGAUGAAGACGGUGUUCGUUAUUCUGGCGCUCAUAGCUGGCGUUUUCGCGGCGCCGCAAGGCAAUCCAAACGAUAUCACGAUCGUGAAGCAGGAGGAGUCGAACAACAUAGGGGUAGGUGGGUACCAUUUCAGUUAUGAGCAGAGUGACGGCCAGAAGAGAGAAGAGACGAUGGAGCUGAAGAACGAGGGCUCCGAGAACGAAGCUAUCAGCGUCGUCGGUAGCUUCAGUUACGUCUCGCCGGACGGACACACGUAUAGGGUCGAUUACACCGCGGACGAGAACGGAUUCCAUCCGACUAUCAAUCUCGUCGCUUAGUAAGCGGGCUCAAGGACUCAAGUUCACAUCAUCUCUUAAGUCAUCGAUGUAUACGCUCGUGUAAUUACACACAAAUUAGGAUACUUUUAAUUGUACGACACUGCGAGGCACGCGAUUCACCGAUGCGAACGGCUGGCCUGAGGUCGAGAACGAUCGUUCCGUGCGAUCGUUCCUCUCUGGCCGAUUCGUUUUCGCGAGUUUUGCAAUAUUGAUCACGGUAUCUUGCAAAGAGAGAACACCGUGAGAUCAGCGCGCAUUCCUCAAAAUCGCGAUUACGAUCGCGUAAUUGAACUGAAUUUGCUAAUACGCUUCGCAACUUUGCUCUAAAACCAAGAUAUAGUCUUCGUACAGAGCAACGCGUCUGCGAAUAGGCUAUGUAAAACAAGUAGAUAUAUAUAAAAUAUAAAAUUAUUAAUAAAAUUAUAAAAAUCGUUCAAUACUAUUUUUUCUCUUCGAUGCAUUCGCGUAAACAUCGCGUUAAACGAGCCACGCAUUCGCAUCUCCCGCAAGUGAAACGCGUGCUUACUCGCAACUGGAAAUAUGUAUUAUUCAGUUUCUCGAAACUGCCACUUUGAACAAACACUUUGAACGAGAGACGUCCUCCCAACUGUCUUCCCAGCAAGGCGACGAUGCAGCACUCAUUGAGGCACCGCGAUAUUUGUGUUUCUUAUCGGCGCAACUCCCUUUCUUCUUUUUUUUACACACUUAUCUAUAUCUAUCUAUCUAUAACAGAAGACAAUUCGUGCAAAUAAACUUGUAUACAUACUGAAA